AUGUCUCAGGACACCGGCUUGUGGAGCGUUCGCAGGCCGCGCGAGACCCUCGGAGGGCUAAACCCGAAUACAGGAAUACCGCCACCCGGAUCGACUAUGAAGCGCAACGCUAACAGUCAUGUACGGGCGCAGUCAGGAUCUAGACAGUCGCUGGCCCCGUCGCGGCCCAAUCAACCGCUCUUUUCGCGAACCUCGUCCGGUUCCAAUCUCGCAGAUCUUGGGCUUUCCUCUGUGAAGAGGCAGUCACUUGCACCAAAGGCUCCGUACGCUGCUGCCAUGGGAACGCCGGCCGCGACGCGUACCUCGACAGAGACCGAACGACGAAGCAGCGUAUUUCGAUCGCGCUCAUCUAUGAACGGCCCGGUGAACCACCAUCAAAGCUUCUUUCAAACGACGCAUCAACCCGCUGGCGUACCGAGAGAUCCCCGACCGCUCAAAGACAGGUCGUUCCAAGCGCGAAUCGGGCAAGAACUGAUGGAGUACAUGACGCAAAAUAACUUUGAGCUCGAAAUGAAGCAUGUUCUGUCACCCAACGCUAUGAAAUCACCCACUCAAAAAGACUUCAACUACAUGUUCCAGUGGCUCUACCACCGUAUCGAUCCAAGCCACCGAUUUCAGAAGAACAUCGACCAGGAAGUACCUCCAAUUCUGAAGCAGCUACGCUAUCCCUUUGAGAGGAGCAUCACCAAGAGUCAAAUUGCUGCCGUUGGUGGGCAAAAUUGGUCGACGUUCCUAGGCCUCCUAUACUGGAUGAUGCAGCUUGCGCAGAUGCUUGACGGAUACGUGGGACGACAAUACGACGAUGCAUGUAUGGAAGCUGGCGUCGACGUCAGCGGCGACCACAUCAUUUUCGACUUUCUUAGCAGCGCCUACAGAGACUGGUUAGCGAUGGAUGAGGAUAUUGGCGACGAUGAUGCCGAAAAGGUACUUGCGCCGCAUGUAGCAUCCAUGGCCCAAGCCUUUGAUCGCUCAAACGGCAGAUAUACCUCGGAGCUGGAGAUGCUCGAAGCUGAGAAUGCACGGCUUAUAAAGGAGAUUUCAGACUUGGAAAAGUCCACACCUGAUCCUGCCAUUCUGGAUGAUCACUUCAAAAUCAUGGAAGAGGACAAAGCCAAGUUUGAGGACUAUAACCAUCUUGCCGUCCAACGUUCGCAAAAAUACGAAAACAGAAUCCAAAUUUUACAGGAAGAGCUGGAAAAGUUGAAUGAUGAGCUUAAAGAAGCAGAUGAGGAGCGAAGAGGUCUGCAAAAGUCUGUGGAUGCCCUGGGUAUCAGCAUGCAGGAUAUUGACCGCAUGACGUCUGAGAAGGAGCGUUUACAGAAAGGAAUUGAAUCUGCCAGCCAACGACUAGAUGAGAUCAAGAAAAAGGUGGCCGACAAGGAAAGCGAAGUAAGCAAGAAGCUGGACGACCUGGAAGACCAGGUAGAAAAGUAUAAUUCGCUUGCAUAUCAAAUCGCACUGCUCCCACCGACAGCAGCCAAUGCCAAAGGAACCGACUACGAACUCCGCCUUACAGUCAACGAUAGCUCCGACUUUACGUCAAGUAAAAUUUAUGGGUUGAAUGCAAAGUCUGGAGGCACAGACAGACUGCUGGCAGAUUCGACAAGCGGCUACCAGCCCAGCCAGAUUAUCAAUGUUGACCUGCGCGGUCAAGUUCGCAACGGGUUUUUAGCGCUCCGCAAGGAAAUUUCGGAACGUCGCAGCACAGCCAUGGACACCAUGAUCAAAGAUCACGACCUUCUGGACGGCAUCAAGGAGGCCAUUGAGGACAUGCGAAGCGAGGUUGACGCUCUCGAUCACCGUGUCCGUGCUGCUGAAGAGGAGUACGAGAAGAUGAGGGAGGUGACGACGACGCAGAAGAUGGCUUCCGAUGCGCAGAUUGAGAAGAUGGAGAGGGAGCUCUCCAGAAUACGGGCCGGUCUCACCGAGUCUGUCCAGCUUCUUGAGCAGCGUGAGAUUAACACGACUAUCGAAUAUGAGCAGUUGGUUCUUAGGGCAAACUCGCUGCGCGAGGAGCUGCACACCGAGAUUGACCGCAUGCUGAACGACGUGAUCAAGUUUAAGAUUCAUGUACAAAAGAACCUGGAUGAUUAUGAAGGGUUCGUGGCUGAUGAGCUGGAAAAGGAGCUUGGCGUGGAAGAUGUGAGGGAUGAUACCCAGGCAAUGGAUCUGUAA